UAGCCCCGCCCCUCCAAGCCCCGCCCUCCCCGCGAUGGCGGAAAGCGGCGCGGAUCCACCCGUGGCCUCGGCUGGCAGCGGCGGCGGCGUUGCGAGCGCGGAGACGGCGCCCAAGAAGGCCGGCUCGGCGGUGGGGCCCGUGGAGAUGAGCCGCGCCGAGAACCUGCAGCGCAUCGCGCAGCGGAAGGCGCAGGUGCGCGGCUACGCGCACAGCAAGAAGCUGGAGAAGCUGGGGGUCUACUCGGCCUGCAAGGCCGACGACUCGUGCAAGUGCAACGGCUGGAAGAACCCCAACCAAGCGCCGAAUCCUCCCACUGUGGACGUGCAGCAGCACAACGUCGCCUCACUCAGCGAUCCCUGCCGCAGCUGUAAUCACGUCCUCGCCGACCAUGUGUCUCACCUGGAGAACGUGUCAGAAGAGGAGAUGAACCGCCUGCUGGGCAUCGUGGUGGACGUGGAGAACCUCUUCAUUUGUGUCACCAAAGAGGAGGACGCCGACACCAAGCAGGUCUUCUUCUACCUCUUCAAGCUUCUCAGGAAGUGCAUCCUGCAAAUGAGCAAGCCCGUGGUGGAGGGGCCACUGGGAAGCCCGCCCUUCGAGAAGCCGAGCAUCGAGAAGGGCGUGGCCAACUUCGUGCAGUACAAGUUCAGCCACCUGCCGCCCAAGGAGCGGCAGCCCAUGUACGACCUCGCCAAGAUGUUCCUGCGCUGCCUCAACUACUGGCGGCUAGAGACGCCCUCGCACCGGCGCGCCCGCGCCCAGACGGAUGAGCUCUCCGCCUACAAGGUCAACUACACAAGGUGGCUGUGCUACUGCAACGUGCCGCAGUUCUGCGACAGCCUGCCCUGCUACGACACCACGCAGGUGUUCGGCCGCACGCUGCUGCGCUCCAUCUUCCCCGUGAUGCGGCUGCAACUGCAGGAGAAGUUCCGCAAGGAGAAGGACAAACUCCCGGCGGAGCAGCGCACGCUCAUCCUCACGCACUUCCCCAAGUUCCUGUCCAUGCUUGAGGAGGAGGUAUACAGCUCCAGUUCUCCGAUCUGGGACGCCGAUUUCUCAGGCUCCGAUGUCGCUGGCGCUCAGGCCGCUCUGCAGGCAGUGUCUGGAAGCCAGGGCCUCGGGACCCCCACGUCCAACCGGCAGUUCAGCUUCCAGUCGGGGGUGUCGUGUGUCACCGGCGAGCCGUCCAGCGCUAGUGGACUCAGCCCCGGCGUGCUCAGCCCCUGGAGGAAGGGGGAGGAAGGCGGCGCGGCCGGUGAGAAGCGCAAACUGGACGAGUCAAUGACUCUGGAAGAUGCCAAGAGGCAGCGGGUGAUGGGCGACAUCCCCAUGGAGCUGGUGAACGAAGUGAUGUCCACUAUCACGGACCCCGCCGCCAUGCUGGGGCCCGAGACGAGCCUGCUGUCGGCGCACGCGGCCCGCGAUGAGGCGGCGCGCAUGGAGGAGCGGCGCGGCGUCAUCGAGUUCCACGUGGUGGGGAACUCGCUCUCGCAGAAACCCAACCGCAAGAUCCUCAUGUGGCUCGUGGGGCUGCAGAACGUGUUCUCGCACCAGCUGCCACGCAUGCCCAAGGAGUACAUCACUCGGCUCGUGUUCGACCCGAAGCACAAGACACUGGCGCUGGUGAAGGACGGGCGCGUGAUUGGAGGGAUCUGCUUCCGCAUGUUCUCAACGCAGGGCUUCACCGAGAUCGUCUUCUGCGCCGUUACCUCCAACGAGCAGGUCAAGGGGUACGGCACCCACCUGAUGAACCACUUGAAGGAGUACCACAUCAAGCAGGGCGUGCUGCACUUCCUUACCUUCGCAGACGAGUACGCCAUCGGCUACUUCAAGAAGCAGGGCUUCUCCAAGGACAUCAAGAUCCCCAAGAGCAAGUACGUGGGCUACAUCAAGGACUACGAGGGCGCCACGCUCAUGGGCUGCGAGCUCAACCCCAGGAUCCCCUACACGGAGUUCUCCGUCAUCAUCAAAAAACAGAAGGAGAUAAUAAAGAAGCUGAUUGAGCGCAAGCAGGCGCAGAUCCGCAAGGUGUACCCCGGCCUCACGUGCUUCAAGGAGGGCGUGCGGCAAAUCCCCAUCGAGAGCAUCCCUGGCAUCCGUGAGACCGGCUGGAAGGCCAGCACCAAGGACAAGGGGAAGGAGCCUAAGGACAGUGAGCAGCUUUACAACACGCUCAAGAGCAUCAUGCAGCAGGUGAAGGGUCAGCCCAGUGCCUGGCCAUUCAUGGAGCCCGUGAAGAAGUCCGAAGCCCCUGAUUACUACGACGUCAUUCGCUUUCCCAUGGACCUGAAGACGAUGAGCGAGCGACUGAAGAACCGCUACUACGUGACCAAGAAGCUCUUCAUGGCCGACAUGCAGCGCAUCUUCACCAACUGCCGCGAAUACAACCCCCCCGAGACGGAGUACUACCGCUGCGCCAACACGCUCGAGCGCUUCUUCUACAACAAGAUGAAGGAGGCCGGUCUCAUCGACAAGUAGCGGUGGUGGCUGUGGUUGUGCGGAUCCCAGGCUUGGGACAGAGCCCGAAUCUCAGCGGCCGAACGAACUCGGAAAUCGGCGCGAGCCCAGACCGCUAAUUGCCAUGGGGGCCGGAGGUGUCGCCCAGCAGCACUCGUCGCAGGGACGCGUUCGGCGUGCGAGUCCUGACGUUUGGAAACGGUGGCGCUGCGAAUCGUCGGCGACACAAGCUGCUGCGAGCGCACGACGCGUGGAAGGAACAGUCGGAGCUUUUCGUGCUGCCAGCAUCGGCGCCGCGGCGAUCCUAGGGUGCGUUGAGGACGGACCACCGCGUCGUUUAGCGCUUGCAUUGUCAGCAGGGCAGGGUGGAGUAUAAACGCGCACGCAAUGAGGGAUGGAAAAGUUGUUUUGUUACUGGCUUGGGAGUGGCGCGCCCUUAAGUCAACGAGUGCCCGCAGUGCAACAGAAUGCAAAGUGGGUGAGGGGUUUUUUUCCGAUAAGCAUUAGACUGCAGUUGUAGUUUUGUAUAUUUUUAGUACAUACUGACGUGUAUGAAUUAAAAUGUGAAUGUCAAAAGUAAGAUUUGCACACCGAAUGUAUAAUCGCAGGUAGUUGACUAAUUGUACUUUGUGGGCGAGAGUGAUAGUUUGACUACACACACACGACUUAAAUGCACAAAUGCAUCUUCCUGGCAAUUCGCUCUAUUAUUGUCAAUGGAAACAAGGUCACAUUUUUAUUCUAGAAACUAGGAAGAAGAAUCGUGCAUAUGUAUGUAUGUUGAGCAUCUUUCCCACUGAACGUAACCAACCGUGCUAAUCGGAGGUGCGGAUGUAUGGAUUCUGCAACGUUUUCCAAUAGGCUUUGCUGAUGGAAGUAUUUAUUCAGCGAUGAGAAUGAUACGUUCCAAACCGCACAGCGAGAUGACAACACAUGGCACGUGAUGUGAUGCAAAUCCUAAUUGCAACAUAACUUUACACGAACAUUACGUUAGUAUGGGAUGAAAUUUGAGAUAGUUAUGCCCCCUACAGACAAGCGAGCCAAUACAUUCACUCAACCUGAGUUGUAAAGUUUUGAAAAGGUUGAAAUUUAACCAUUUCCAGCACGUGAACUAGUCACUACAUUUGAUGAGUUGGUUCCGUUUGGCUGAAUUUAUACCCGAAUGAUUUGUAUGGAUACAGCUGCUUAAGAACUGUAGCGUUAAAUAUCUGCAUUGCUCAUAACCCAGCUGCAUGCCCUGAGAAAUGUGUACAGGUUUCCUUUUGUCCCUCCAACUAAGAAGCUCUCCUCACAACUUUGUCAUCGUAAAUUCUGAGCGGAUGUCGAAUGGAUAUGGGAAGAUGGGGGGGAUGGGACGCAGGUGAAGAAACGCUGAUGGUGAAGCCGCUGGCCGUCGCACAUGAAGUUUCUCAAUACACCCGCAGGCAUUGACUGGAAAACCCGGGUUGGAGUUUGUCGCCUCCUCACCCUGGAGCCUGGAGCUGACAGCAACAGAAACAGUCGUGUUGCAAAAGCAGUUGCGUGUGCGGUUCCACAUGUGGUGUGGGAGAGGCUCUUUGUGGGAAGCGCAGGCUGGUGGUUGUACUUGCGUGACCUUGCCAGGGCAAUGUGCACCAGAGUGCUCUCGCUUCAUUUCACCGAGCAGAUUUUCAUGUUUGCACGUACGAAGAGUACGUGUACACGUACAGUCCACGUCAACCCAUGCCGUGCAGGUCGGCAGGACCGUUUGAUCAUUUGUCACCAGACGGGAAGCAUAGGGGUACAGUACGAUUGAUUUUGCGAUGUCCACGUAGCCCGCAGCCCAUCACACACAACCUGUUGUGCUUGGUGGUUGCUAAUCCAAGCGCCAUGCAGGCUCCCACCUUGCUUAUCUUAAGAUGGGACGCAUUGUGGGUGAUUUAAUCGUGGGCUUAAAAACAACCCGUCCUGCCAAGCUUUUGUGAACCCCGCCGGGUCACACGCGUCCUGAACUCUGAAGGUAGUGGCUGUUGCGUCAUUCUUCGUGUACAUGUACCACGUUCAUCAUGGAUAUUGUUGGUUGGGUAAUGUGUUUUUGUAUGUGAUCGUAAACGACGAAUCUUCAACAACUCCGAAUGUAUAUACGCCGCAAGUUGUGCGUAUACGCAAUUGUCACGUGUUUUCAGAAGGCCAAGUGUUAACAGAAAGGUCACGCGGUGUCGUUAUACCGUCUCGGUGCGUUUAAUUCAUACCUGGAUUCUGUAUUGUUUGAUGGUAAUUCGAUGUCUGUUAAGAGAAAAAAAAACUUUACAUAUCAAUUCAAAA